AUGGCUUCCAAAACCCCCGUCCUCACGUCCAAAGCCCCUCCGCCCCUCCCCGGGAUCUUGUCCCAGGCCAUUGUUUGCAACGGCAUGGUCUACUGCUCCGGUGCUGUCGCCAUGGACCCUAAAACAGGGGCGCUUGUCGAUGGCGAUGUCAAGGCCCGCACGGCCCAGUGUAUCAAGAACCUCACCGCGGUUCUCGAAGAAGCUGGAAGCGAUAUUACAAAGGUCGUCAAGGUGAAUGUGUUUCUAUCGAACAUGGACGAUUUUGCGGCCAUGAAUGAGGAGUAUAUGAAGCACUGGGGGGACGUUAAGCCCUGUCGGACGUGUGUCGCUGUUAAGACGCUGCCGCUGAAUACGGAUGUUGAGAUUGAGUGCACAGCUCAUCUGUGA